GCGGAUCGAUGGCCAGCGCGGGGCUGCAGCUGACCGGCUACUUCUUGGCGCUGGCCGGCUGGGUGGGCGCCAUCUGCGCCGCGGCGCUGCCGCAGUGGAAGCACAGCUCCUACGCCGGGGACGCGAUCAUCACGGCCGUCGGGCUCUACGAGGGCCUCUGGAUGAGCUGCGCCGCGCAGAGCACCGGGCAGGUCCAGUGCAAGUUGCACGAGUCGCUGCUGUCGCUGGACGUCCACAUCCAGACCUCCCGGGCCCUCAUGGUGAUCUCCGUCCUGCUGGGCUUCGUUGGGACGAUUGUCAGCGUGAUCGGCAUGAAGUGUACCAAAGUGGGGGAUGAGAAUCCGGUGGCCAAAAGCUGGAUCGCGGUUUUGGGGGGCGUCAUUUUCCUCCUGGCUGGGCUGUGCACAGCGACAGCUGUUUCAUGGUACGCAUCGCGAGUGACAUACGAAUUUUUCAAUCCCAGCACCCCUAUGAAUGCCAAGUAUGAAUUUGGACCAGCUAUGUUCGUUGGAUGGUCAGCGGCUAGUUUGCUGCUGCUGGGUGGCAGCUUCCUGUCCUGUUCCUGCCCCAAACCGGAAGAGAGGGGUCAGCAAUAUUAUCGCCAGUCACAGCCAUCGACCACGAGAGAGCCCACUGUAAAAAAAUCAAUACGCAAUCAAUGUGUGUAACACCUUCCGAUGUCCAGUGCUGGGAAGCCCAAACAGGCUGUAGUAAGGACCUUUAAAAAAACAGUUUCCCAAGAUUCAGGCUGUCUCUUUCGGGGAAAGUGAAAAGGAAGAAAAGACAAAGGCCAUUUUUGUAGAAUAAGCAGCUUUUUCGCUUUUCCCUUGGUCCUGCCUUUAUGCCUUUGAUGAGAUGGUUUUCGACUUCCAAAAAAAAAUAAAUUCUUGUAUUCGGUUGA